GCCGAGGAUACAGGAAGGCUGUCCGGCCGGAGAGGGAGGGGGGGCGAAGGAAGACGGAGGACGGCGCACGGCGCACAUCAUGAUCCGAGAGCUCGCCGCGUGAAAGCCGACCGCUCGGAUUCCUCGAGUCCGGACCUCGUCUGAAGGCAAGGCAUCAUGAUUCCUGUGAUGGAGUUCCGGCAGUUCUCUGAACAGCAGUCGGCGUUCAGGGUCCUGAAGCCAUGGUGGGAUGUGUUCACCGACUACCUGUCUGUAAUCAUGCUGAUGAUUGGUGUCUUUGGAUGCACCCUUCAGGUAAUGCAAGACAAAAUCAUCUGCCUUCCCCAGAGAACCGCAUCACCUUCAGAUAACACGAGUGAAGUGGAGCUGAAGUCGCUGGCACACCUGCCAUCCAACAUCUCGGCUGUGCCCAGAGAAAUGAGAGGCCUGAAAACAGAUCUGGAUCUGCAGCAGUACAGUUUCAUCAAUCAGAUGUGUUAUGAGAAGGCUCUGCAUUGGUAUGCCAAGUACUUUCCCUAUCUGGUUCUCAUACACACUGUAGUGUUCAUGGUGUGUAGUAACUUCUGGUUCAAAUUCCCUGGCUCGAGCUCUAAAAUAGAGCACUUCAUCUCCAUGCUUAGCAAGUGUUUUGACUCUCCGUGGACCACACGGGCUUUGUCUGAGGUGUCCGGAGAAAAUCCUGAAGAAAAGGACAGUAAAAAGAACAGUACUCUUAGGUCCAACAUCACCGUGUCCCCUGGAGAAGGCAGUUUGGAAAUGACACAGUCCCUCCGGUCCAUCCCAGAGAAGAUUGUAGUUGACAAGCCAUCUGCAAGUGCGCUUGAUAAAAAAGAGGGUGAACAAGCUAAGGCUCUUUUUGAAAAGGUGAAGAAGUUCCGUUUGCACGUUGAAGAAGGAGACAUUCUCUACCUUAUGUAUGUUCGACAGACUGUGGUCAAGGUAUUUAAGUUCCUCCUAAUCAUUGCCUAUAACAGUUCUCUAGUGAAUAAAGUGCGGAACCGAGUACGUUGCGAAGUUGAGAUCCAGGACAUGACAGGCUAUAAAGAGUUUGAAUGUAAUCACACCAUGGCUCAUCUGUUUUCUAAGCUGUCAUACUGUUACCUGUGUUUAGUGGCUGUCUAUGGAUUAACGAGCCUUUACACCUCCUAUUGGCUGUUUUACCGCUCACUGAAAGAAUACUCCUUUGAGUAUGUGCGACAAGAAACGGGCAUCAAUGACAUUCCUGAUGUCAAGAAUGACUUUGCGUUCAUGCUACAUAUGAUUGACCAGUACGACCCAUUGUAUUCGAAAAGAUUUGCAGUCUUUUUAUCUGAGGUCAGUGAGAACAAGCUGAAACAGCUCAACCUCAACCACGAGUGGACUGCUGAGAAGCUGCGCCAGAGGCUUCAGACUAAUGCCAACAACAGACUUGAACUUCAACUGUUCAUGCUCCCUGGGUUACCCGAUACUGUCUUUGAGUUGACGGAGCUGCAGUCACUCAAGCUUGAGAUCAUCAACAAUGUCACAAUACCGGCCUCUGUCUCUAAGCUGGAAGACCUGCAGGAGCUGUCUAUUUACCAAUGCUCUUUAAAGCUGCACACAACAGCUACUUCCUUCCUCAAAGAAAACCUGAAAGUGCUCCGCGUGAAGUUUGAUGACAACAGGGAACUUCCAAACUGGAUGUACGGCCUGCGCAAUUUAGAGGAGCUCUUUCUCAUUGGAUCACUCAGUCCUGAUGCCUCUAAGAACAUAGUUCUCGAGUCGCUGCGGGAGAUGAAGUGCUUGAAAACUCUCUCCCUAAAAAGUAAUUUGACCAAGAUUCCUCAGUCGAUAGUGGAUGUUUCCAGCCAUCUGCAGCGGCUGUACUUGCACAAUGACGGCACGAAGCUGGUAAUGCUCAACAACCUGAAAAAGAUGACCAAUCUGAUCGAGCUGGAGCUUGUGCGUUGUGAUCUGGAACGCAUCCCGCAUGCAGUCUUCAGCCUCACCAGUCUGCAAGAGGUGGAUCUGAAAGAGAAUAACAUUCGCUCAAUAGAGGAGAUCAUCAGCUUCCAGCAUCUUCGAAAACUCACUUGCCUUAAACUGUGGUACAAUGGUAUCAUGUACAUCCCAGAGCAUAUCAAAAAGCUUGGCAGCCUAGAACGCCUGUACUUCAGCAACAACAAGAUUGAGAUAUUGCCUUCGCACCUGUUCUUGUGCAACAAACUGCGGCACCUGGACCUGUCCAACAAUGACAUCCGAUUCAUCCCUCCAGAAAUCGGAGUCCUUCAGAGUCUACAGUAUUUCUCUGUCGCGUGUAACAAAAUUGAAAAUCUACCAGACGAGCUCUUCUUUUGCAAGAAGCUCAAAACGCUCAAGCUUGGAAAGAACUUGCUGUCUAUACUGUCGCCAAAGAUUUCCUACCUAGCUCUGCUGACAUAUUUGGAGCUCAAAGGCAACCACUUUGAGCUCCUGCCAAAAGAGCUUGGUUACUGUCGUGCUUUGAAGCGCAGUGGCCUUAUAGUGGAAGACACACUGUUUGAAACUCUGCCUUCGGAUAUCAGGGACCAAAUGAAGGCUGAGUGAGAUGCCUUAGUGUAGCCACAGUGCCUGCUGUUCGUUCCGUCUACCAACUCAGAGCCCUUGUUUUGUAUUAACUCAUAUCCAUACUUAUGUAUUUCAUUACUGUUAUAACAAGUUGUUUUUCCAGUUUCCUUGAUGGAAGGAAAAUACGUUCUUUGUAUGUUGUCAUUCAGAGUGUGGCUCCACAGGGGUGAUUAUUCUGUUAUUAACAUAGCCUCUAUGUAAAAAUGGAUGUAGUCACGGGUCCGGAUAAAAUUAAGCCAAUGCCGAAGUGCCUGAAGACUGCAUUCUCUUGAAUGACCAGCAGUGGGUGACUCAGCUGGUCCACUUACAACAACAAGUCAGUUUCUAUAGCAGUCUAUGGCUGUGAUCGGAAAGUCCUACCUAUCGCCUUUUCCUAACUAUUUUUCCUUGACCUUCAAUGGAAGUCAUCAUGAGAUCAAGGAAAGGUGUAAAGGAGGAUUCAUAGGACUUAGGAAAAGCCGACAGCGGUGCUUAGAGAAUCAGACUCCACCUACACCAUACUAUGUAAUUAUGCGACUGCAGAUGUUAUUGACGUGCGUCUGCCUUGCUGAAACUACACAUUGAUGGACUACAAAAAGCGCAUCUUAUAGGCUACUUCGCACCACGCGUUGUUAACAGGUUGAUUCAUGCAGGCUAAACACAGACAACACGGUGAAAAAUAUUAAUUCAUCAUGAAGGUUGGAAUGGAGAAGCUCUCAGUCAGACCCACCCCCCGCUCCUGUCUGGUUGCAAAAAAAUCCAACAUGGCGCAGGUCACAAUGCAAAACUCGAGGCUUCGAAGCGGCAGUUCACAAACCAUUGGCUGACAUCAUCAUGGGGUUGCCACUUGGUUAUUAAGUAUUGAGUCUUUAUCCAGCUAUAAAUUCUUCUGAUAGGAAUAUUCUGGCAUUUACGGAAAUACACCUUCUUAUUUUAGAUGAUUAAUAUCUAUCUCAUAUUUGUGUGUUAAACAAACAGCAUGUGACACAAAGACCAGGAUCAAAAUGAAACCUGGCUCUGUCUAAAGGGGAAAAAAUACCUGGGCCAGCUACUCUGACUCAGGCUCACAAAUUAAGACUGUUGGAUAAAAGACCAUUGGAUUACUGAAUGUAAAUAAAAACUGAAAACCUCACUUAUGUUUAGGCUAGUAGCCUUAUGCUGCAUAUUAUAUAUUUGAUGUUGCCCUUAUUAAGUGUUUUAUUUUCUUAAAGAGACUGUUAGCUGCAGUGAUACGAACAACAGCAGGGAAAAUGCAAAAAAACAAGGAUAUAUCUUAUAGAGAACAUGUUGUAUCUUCUCUAAACAAUUCUGUGUUAUAGAGAGAUGCCAUUUUAAAGUGCAUUAAACUUAAAGGACAAUA